CCUGUCAGUAGGAUUUUUAUCCAUCACUCACGAUAAAACAUUUCAACCACGUCGAGGUCGAUUAAGAAAUAUAUAAAAAAAAUUAAUCCAGAUGUCUCAGACAAACUUAGCGAAGAGCGAUGAGCAUUGCAUGCGUUGUUUGCACUGCAUGCAGGUGGUCCGUUGCUCUCGAUACGAUACUAGUGCACUAGUGCGCCACAUCGAACUGGAACACCCGGACAUAUUCUCGGUGGCCAGCAGCAAGAUCAGGAAUGUCCACAAGCUGGACUCAGAACAAGGAUCUAGCGGAGACUGUAUAAGCAAAACCACUGGACCCUCUGAACCAAAGAAACCAAUGGACGAACAGUUUGAUCCAUUGUGGUUUGAUAACCAUUGCAGUGGAGAUGCCCAAGGCAAAAAUGAUUCCACUGCGGGGUGCUGUGCUGCGGCUGCCAAAAAGACCACCGAUCCAUGUUCGAAUGCCAAGAAUAAAACAUGUCCAGAUCCCAAGGAGCAUCCCGGAUCGUGUCUCAAGAAGCAAUCGCUUCCCAUUUCCAAGGUCGAGACAUGUACUUGUGCCGAAAUUAAGCAGAUUCGCAAGAAGUACUAUCGAGCUUCCGUGGAGCGUUGGCGUGCCGUGGAUGGGUUAAUUUUGUGCCCAGCCUGCGGGAUCAAGAGUCGUCCGUUGAUUAAGACGUCCGCGGAAGUGAAUUCCGGAUGCUGGGCCAACUGCUGGCCAUUCUGCUACUUUCCCUGUCUGAUGUCCUCCGACAAGCAGGUGUACCUACACUGCGGCCAGUGCAAGAUUUUUUUGGGCAUCUACAAUCGCGAGAAAAACAGCGUGAGACCCAACAAGGAGUUCGUGUAAAGGAACCAAGUUUAACUCAAGUUUUCAUUUCAAAAUUAUUCGUUUCAAAGUAUGGCUCAUGUAAGCCUUCAGGUUUUUCUAACAAAUUGGAAAGAACUCCUGGUUUUGGCUCUCACUUUUAUAACAAAUUUUUUCAAGUUGUUACGCAAUUGUAAAUUUAAUACAUAGAAUACAAUAAACUUUCUGUUCCACA